AUGAAACUGGUUCCUUUCCGGUGCAAGGCCGGCGAGGAGUACAACGAGCUCGCCUCCCUCUUCUUCACGGACCCAGACACGGCCAUCAAGCAACGGACUUUUGCGGAUUCCGGUACCUACGCGCUUGUGGGUGCGGCGGCGGUCCUGGGAGGUAUGGCUCGGAUGACGAUUUCUCUGACCGUGAUCCUCCUCGAAGCGACAGGAGACAUGCAAUACGUAGUACCCCUCAUGAUCACGCUUAUGGCGGCGCGCUGGUAG